GGAGGUGAAGAACUUGGCAUGGAAGCGGGCACCAAUGAGUCUCGAGAUUGCUUCCCCUUAACUACCCGACCGGUCUGCGAGGAGCUUGGGGGUAAUGUAUCUGCAAUAGGAGAAUGUUUCAUAGAUAAAGUCGGCUGUUCUCCAUCUGGCAACAUUCUUUCCAAAUGAGGUCUCCCCCGUGCCCCUCCAACUCACUCAUAGAAGGAUGUCGGACUCCAAAUCCAUCCAGGACUCCAUGCGCAACGGCUGGAAUUCGCUGCGGUUGGUUUAUCGUGCCCUGCAAGAUAACGAUGCUGACCACACUUUCAUGCACGAUGCCAUCGCCGGUGAUCCAGUUGGAUUCCCAUUGGCGUACCCUGAGGCGUUUCGACCCCAGUCGAAGACUAUGACUGCCGGGCUUAUUGCCGGGUUGAGGAACAAAAGUCUUUCCGUGGUUAUUUGCCUGCCGCCAGGCAACCCGAACGAUGAACCAGGUCAACGAAAACAAUUGCCGCCGCAAGAGAGAAUAAUUAUGAUACCAAGUCAGGCAAAAUCAUCGAUAGAGGUGCCCAUCGGGAUCCUCACACUGACUGCCCCCAUACCAGAGACCCAUCAGCAUCGGAAGACCAUGCUAGGGAUCAGCAUCGUUGAUGCUUAUCAGGGGCACGGAUACGGUCCGGAGGCGAUAAACUGGGCACUCAAUUGGGCAUUCAAGUUUGGGGGUAUGCAUCGAGUAGGUAUAUCGUGCUUUGGGUUCAAUGACCGGGGACAGAGACUCUACGAAAAACUAGGAUUCGUGAAAGAAGGGACGGUCCGAGAGUGCCUCUGGUUUAACAGAGCCUGGCAUGAUGAGAUCUACUACGGCAUGCUAGAGUCCGAUUGGGAAAAGCUUCGGUCACUGAAAUAAUGCAUGUACAACGGACACUAAUUACAUCGCAAUGGUAUGAGCAUCACUUUGGUCUGAGGCGUUAGUUGUCCGGGAUCCUGACAUUGUCUAAGGAACGCGAAAUCUGGAUAUAAUGAGAUUUGGUGCUUAGACGAUGUCAUGUCCGAGAGAACAGAAGCGAUACCUAGUUAAGAUAACA